AUGUUCAUCUCGUGGUCGUUGAACCCUGGCCCUCCAACUUCCCCCGACUCAGAUUCGUCGCCUCCGAUGACAUCCCAGCCCAGAAUUCGGUCCCGCAGCGGUUGUCUUACAUGUCGUCGGAGACGGGUCAAAUGCGACGAAGCUCAUCCAGUAUGUAUGCGCUGCCAACGGUCGAAGAAUCAAUGCAACUACGGGGUCCGCCUUCAAUGGGAGGAUGAUAUGCGGGCCGCGGGGAAAUGCCAUGGACGAACCGGGAUCGUAGCCAGAAGGGGCUCGCUACGAUGCAAAGAAUCUGAAGAGGACGAUCGACUUCCGUCUUCGAAGCGGAUCGAACGCAAAGAUCAACUUGGUAGCGACGGGAAAUCCGCAUUGAUCCUCACUCCACCCUCUUCGCACAGCCCACUGCGGGCCGCGACGUCAAAAAGCGUUUCUUAUUCAACCCGAGACACAUAUCAGAGUCAGUAUCAUAACUGGAAAGAAAGCAAGGUUCAGUCAUCAAAUACCAAUUUCCGAACCUUGCCUUGGACGCUCGGUGUACCCGAUGUUGAUGAUGUGUGCUUGUCGUUUUACGAGUCGAUGAUGUGCCCUGCUGCCGUUACUAUCGACAACGAGGAAAUCAAUCCUCUUCGAAAUACAGUAAUGCGCAUGGUAUUUCGGUCUGAAUUGGCAUAUUAUUCUGUUCUCAUGACCAGCGCGCAGUACUUGAGAUCAAUCGAUAGUCGCUUUGAACUAUUUGAAAUGCAGGUCCGGCAAAGGGUACUCAAAGGCUUGCGUCAAGCGUUAGCGGAAAGUUGUUUUGAGUUUGAAGACGUGCUGCUGCCGACUAUAUUUCUCUGCUCUUCGGCUAUAUCCCACAGCUGUGACGCCUCUUGGGUUCGCCACCUGACAUGUUUCCAGAUGGUCAUCAAGCAGAGGAUUCGCCGCCACACAAAGACAUAUGUGCCGCAACUAUUCAUGAGUUACUUCUCGGCGCAUCUGGUGCUGGCAAAGUCCCUUUUCCCAAUCGACAAGGUACUACCUGCUAUAGAAUUGCGGAACGAUCCCUCGUCACCCGUAGAAGAAGGGACCUGCUGGACAUCUUCAGAGUCACUGUCCAAGGCCAUGAAGCCGGAUACGCUUCGCGAAAUUGACGUGUGGAAUGGCAUGAGUAACCGCAUGCUCCUGCUUAUUAAUGAUAUAUUGAGCCUCAAGGAUGAUGUGCAGGUCAUGUAUGGAGAAGGGUUCGAAGUCGAAGAGAGACGAAGCGCCAUCGAGGCCAAAAUUAUCACUUUACAAAGGAAUCUCCAGGACACAACACAUUUGCUCCCUGAAUCACUGCGACGAUGUCACGAUUCCGCCGAGGUUGUCCAUAGGCGUCGUCUUCUUGAGUACACUGGCGAAUCCUAUCGUCUUGCUGCGUGCCUGCUUCUCUCAGAAGCAUCCACGCCAGCUUUCCUCGGCUACACCAGUGAACACAGUCUGGGGUUGGAUGCAACGCGGAAGCAGCGCCAUGUCGACUAUAUCCUAUCUCUGGUAGAAUCAAUAGUCUCAUCGCUGGAUCACCUCCCAAUCUCCUGGCCUUUAUGGCCACUCUUCGUUGCCUCGUGCUGCAGUACGACCGAAUCUGAGAAAGCACGGGCCUUGGCACAAUUCCAGGCAGCUCAGGCAAAAGCCCCGUAUGAGAACACGGUACGGGCACAGACAGUUGUUGAAUUACUGUGGCAGCGACGUGAGCUUUAUGUGGCAGGGGAGAGAACACGAACCGGUCGGUUUGAGUGGGAGUUGGUGAUGGAAUUCCUGGGGUGGCAGACGAGCUUCGCCUGA